GUUCCUGCCAAACCACUUUUCAUCAUGAGCGACGAAGUCUACGAGGGUGCCAUUGGCAUCGAUCUUGGCACGACCUACUCCUGCGUUGCCAACUACGAGGGCACCAAUGUCGAGAUCAUUGCCAACGAGCAGGGUAGCUUCACCACUCCCUCGUUCGUCUCCUUCACAAGCGAGGAGCGUCUGAUCGGCGAGGCGGCCAAGAACCAGGCUGCCAUGAACCCAGAGAACACCGUCUUCGAUGUCAAGCGAUUGAUUGGUCGCCGAUUCGACGACGAAACUGUCACGAAGGACAUCAAGUCAUGGCCCUUCAAGGUCGUCGACCAGGGCGGCAGCCCUCUCGUCGAGGUCGAGUACCUCGGUGAGACCAAGACCUUCUCCCCCCAGGAGAUCUCCGCCAUGGUCCUCGUCAAGAUGAAGGAGGUCGCUGAGACCAAGCUCGGCAUGAAGGUCGAGAAGGCAGUCAUCACCGUGCCUGCCUACUUCAACGACAACCAGCGUCAGGCUACCAAGGACGCCGGUGCCAUUGCCGGCCUCAACGUUCUCCGUAUCAUCAAUGAGCCUACCGCCGCCGCUAUCGCCUACGGUCUCGGCUCCGGAAAGUCUGAGAAGGAGAGGAACGUUCUCAUCUACGAUCUCGGCGGUGGCACUUUCGAUGUGUCUCUGCUCCACAUCCAGGGUGGUGUCUUCACUGUCAAGGCCACUGCGGGCGAUACUCAUCUCGGCGGGCAAGACUUCGACACGAAUCUCCUUGACCACUUCAAGAAAGAGUUCACAAAGAAGACUAAGAAGGAUAUUUCUGGUGACGCUCGCGCCCUGCGCCGUCUACGGACUGCCUGCGAGCGGGCCAAGCGCACGCUCUCCAAUGCCACUCAGACCACCGUCGAGAUCGACUCUCUGUUCGACGGCGAGGACUUCAACGCCAACAUCACCCGUGCUCGUUUCGAGGACCUGAACCAGAAGGCCUUUGCUGGCACUCUUGACCCCGUUGCCCAGGUUAUGAAGGAUGCCGCCAUCGAGAAGAGCAAGGUCGACGAGAUCGUGCUUGUCGGUGGUUCCACCCGUAUCCCCAAGAUCCAGAAGCUCCUCAGCGACUUCUUCGGUGGCAAGAAGCUCGAGAAGAGCAUCAACCCCGAUGAGGCCGUUGCCUACGGUGCCGCCGUCCAGGCCGGUAUCCUCUCUGGCAAGGCCACCUCUGCCGAGACCGCCGACCUCCUCCUCCUCGAUGUCGUUCCUCUUUCCCUCGGUGUCGCCAUGGAGGGUAACAUCUUCGCCCCUGUCGUUCCCCGUGGACAGACAGUGCCAACAACCAAGAAGAGGACAUUCACUACUGUUGCUGAUCAACAGUCUACCGUCCAAUUCCCCGUUUUCCAGGGUGAGCGUGUCAACUGCGAGGACAACACAUCUCUCGGUGAAUUCACUCUUGCUCCCAUCCCACCUAUGAAGGCUGGUGAUGCCGUUCUCGAGGUCGUCUUCGAGGUCGACGUCAACGGUAUCCUCAAGGUCACCGCCACCGAGAAGACCUCCGGCCGCAGCGCCAACAUCACCAUCUCCAACGCCGUCGGUAAGCUCUCGUCUUCCGACAUCGAGAACAUGAUCAGCGACGCCGCCAAGUUCAAGACCAGCGACGAGGCCUUCAGCAAGAAGUUCGAGUCGAGGCAACAGCUCGAGUCAUACAUCUCCCGUGUUGAGGAGAUGGUCUCUGACCCAACCACGGCUAUCCGCCUCAAGCGUGGCCAGAAGGAGAAGAUCGAGUCUGCUCUCAGCGACGCCAUGGCUCAGCUCGAGAUUGAGGAUGCUCCCGCUGAUGACCUGAAGAAGAAGGAGUUGGCUCUCAAGCGCGUUGUCACCAAGGCUUUCUCUACCCGAUAAGCGUAACGUAUUAACGAUGGUUGGUGGGAGGAAGAAUGAUCGCAGGCGCAGAAUACCCAGACUGUGAGCUGCGAGCCGCUGCGAAUGGAGUUUCAUCUUUGCGGCAUUUCACGAUAGACUUGGUGUGUUUGGUUCCUUCUCCUUUCCUGGGUUCUCUUCGGCAUCUAUGGGGAUGCCAAAAGUAUUGUGUGUACUUUCUCUAUCAUGACGAUGCCUGACGAACGAUCGUAAUGAUAACCUGCAAAAGUAUGACUGGCGGAAAUCUCUCUUAUGUAACUGGGGUGCGGGCAUCUGAGGUAGAUGAGGUCGAGAACAAGGGGAAAUUGAACGAGUUUAAGAUAUGUCGGUGUCCGUUGUGCUUGAGUGACCAAUCCAUGAGAAAAUAGUACACAAACGAGGUUGGGUGUAGACAUUCAGAAACCAAAGCACUCAAUCUUCA